AUGAGCUCCUCUGGGAACCGGAGGUACCUACGUGAGCACCCAGAGCUCAAGGCUAUCACCACGUGGUUUAUUUCCGAAGUAAUCUAUAUGCAGCCACCGAACAUAUUGCAGUUUGCAGCGUCGUUCUUUAAGUCCAGAAUAAUGCAAGACUACGUGGCCCGGUCUUUCGGGUAUCAGGAUAAAGAUGCCCAUCUAGCUGCGCUCCGGUCUGCCGCGCUGAGCACUAUCUCUUCAUCUGUGGACCUUUGUAGAGAUGGAGAUAAUACUGAAGUUCAAGCCAACGAUCGCCGAUCAACGCAUGACAGCUCUAGCUCAUCAAUAGACAAGACCUAUCGUCGCCUGCUCAACCUUAGUGAGCAGUUGGGAGAAGUCCGGCGUCGCGGCGACCUGUCCAGCAAUAUGACCUCAGAUAGCACUUCGUUUCCCGAAGAGUUAUCAUCUAAUGUACUGGCCACUAACGUCAACGAGAUUCUCUCUAAUGCAGAGAGCUUGCAAGGCUUUGUGUCUACCCUCCCCAAGACUCUCUCAGCUCGCAGAGCAGCCUAUCUGUUGCAAAAGCUGGUGGAUACCUUUGGACCUGCUCCACACGAAGCCGCUCUAGCUAUGAGUAUAGAUAAUGUUCCAUCAGCGUCUGUCCCACCCAUUACGCUAUCAACUCUUUUACCUCUUGUCAAUAACAGGCUUUGGGGCAGUGCAUACGACUCAGAGCAGCAAAGUGGAGUCACAUCCAUGUAUGAAGCUGGGCUGUCUGGCCAUACUGUAGGAAGUGUGCCACAUUCUACAAUAGAGGCAAGUCAUGUGCUUAAGGAACUUUUAAGUUGUCACAGGCCUGGUCUCUUUGUAGGGGACUGGGAUGUGGAACUGCCUGCUGAGGCACAAGAAUCAGUCGCUCCAUACCGCUCUAUUGUUACGGAAAAUAUUGCAUUUCGCUUUCCCACGGUUGGUGUUAGUACUACCGAUACCAACUACGGUUGCCCUACUGGCUUUGUCGACUAUAAAGUAGUAGCAAGCAAACCCUUUACCUCUACGUUUUUUCAGGCAUACGAUAGGCUGAAGGAGAUAGAUUCUGUUCCGUUAGAUCCAUCCCUCUUGACAGCCCCCGGUAUCCUUGUCCAGCACACAAUUGGGAAUCUUCUUUCAUGCCCCCUUCUAGUUCCUGUAACACUGCACUUGCGAAGCUCCUUGCGGUCUUGUCUCUUUAUUUCUCGGGGAGGACUGCUCCAAUGGUGUUCACUGCUAGGCUUCUCUAGCUAUGAAUUUAAACAUGCUAGCAUCGCAGCAAUCUUAAACACGAGCCUAUUAGCAUCAGCGACUCUCAAGACAACUUUAGAACAAUCGCAAAGCCAACCUAUUAUCGACUCAACUGCACAACCUGAAGCAUCGCAUGUAGGUACACCCUCUUCUUUGCCUAUCACUGGUGCAUCUGGAAGGCUGCGAUUUAGUGACAUGCUCUCUCAGAUGGAGGCAAGUUGUUCUCCCAAGGUUCCUCCCAGCGAACGGUUGAGAGACAACAAAGAAAGCAACGAAGGCACUCACAAUGAUCCAGUCAUAUUUACAACUGACUCAAUCCCGCCACUGGGCCCAUCCCCGAGGCAGCAACGAUGCCCUACCCUACUCUAUGAAGAAAUUAGCCCUGACCUUCUGACUUUCUUUCGAGCUGUGGCACCACACAUAUCUGGAAUAAGUGUUGAAGAGUAUGAGUAUGGUGUCCUGGACAUCUGUACUUUUCUUCCCAGUACGUACUUUUGUUGCGCUAAUUUAGAGAUUGAGGAAGUUACCGAAAGCUUGCGUGCAGAAAGGACCCCAUUUAAGGGCAUGAGUUUGGAUGCAAGCGAAGUCUAUAUAGGAAUGCUUUGCCCAUCGCUUCCUCUUCGCUAUCUCUUUUCUGUUAACUCGAUAUUUCCAGAGCUGGGAUAUGGCUGCUUUCGUCUCUUCAAGUAUCUCCCUGUCAUAGUGCGAGGGAGCUACCCCCAUGCUGAGCCUGAUAGUAUGUGCGUCGUUUUCACCAGUAUCCUCCCAACAACACACUGUGAUAACAUUGUUCCAGGAAGAAGCGUUCUGACCAAUUUGCAACAAAAAGGUUCAUCGGUUUCAGUUUCUAGUUAUUACGAGUUCUAUACUCUUCCACCUUCCGCACGGUUGUUGGAGGGCAUCAAUACAGAGGUCCACCGCAUGCUGGAAAAGGCACAGAUACACGUGUCCACCGUUCGUUAUAUACUCCUGUCUUCAACAACUAGCUACGGCCGCAGCACCUUAACUUCUGAGGACACAGGCAACUUUCUGUCCAACUCCUGGAUGGACACGUACAUCCUGCCAAACAAGACUACACCGAACUAUACCUCUCAAACUAUCUUACGCUUCCAUGAGUUUAUGAACUAUGCAUACAAGUCCCCCGAGUACUCGGAGCUUUUGCAGAAGCCAUACGAUUAUGACGACCCCCAAGCAGUUGAUGUUUCUGUCGCUGUUUUCUUUUCAUUGUGGGAUAUCGCAGAAGAAGACUACAUUGGUGCCAUACCAGUGAGAGACUUCACUGGGACUAUAGGUUCUUCUGCCCUCUCUAAGCCCUAUAAGCAUCUACUUCAGACAAAACUCGUUACAAUCCACUCGUAUAAAAAUUAUCUAUCGCAGCUACAACCCUUACAGAAAUUUGUUCAGAGAGAUGUCAUGGCUAAGUUCCCGUUAGUGCUGGAUAAGCUGCUUUAUCGCGACUUGCUAUCGUGCAAGGUUCUCCCUUGGCUAGGCCCGGUGGAGUACGUAUCUUUUUUAGCAAAGACUGCUCACACGCCUCUCUUUUGUUACUUAGCGCACAAGCUGCGAGACUGUGCCUGCUAUUAUCUUCCCAUUAUUUCCGACCACAAGCGGAGCCUUCUCGUUGCAACGGACGAAGGAGAGAAGGAAGCAGAAUGUAUGGAUCUCAUCGCUGGACUGGCGACAGAUCUGAUUUCCAGACUCAAUAACCGCAUGACGGAUCAGAAGCUUCAUCCUAGCACAACUAUUGAUUUGGUAGCAUGUUUUUCAGCCAAAAUCCUCGCUGGAGGAACACCCUCCUAUGAAGCAAACGAUGUGCACCAUGACUCAAUGACCUGCACCAAAUCGUGCUCCACAGCUGCAGUGAAGAGUCGCGUUUACCAAACACGCUCAGUGGUCUAUCCAGAUAAUACCGUUAGUUCCUUCCUAGCGACGUUCCCGUCCCUUUUCUCGACCGAGGCGCAGCUGUACCUUACUCGCCUCACUCUUAGUCAACUACUCGAUGCACUCUGCCACACCUACUCCCUCGCAUUUGACAGUGGCCAGAGAAGCGUGCAUACAGUCUGUGAUUCACUCCCAUACUUGACAAAUGUUGGCCUCUACUACGAUGCAUCCAAGCCAGAUAAUACCGGAUCCUUUCUCUUCAAUUUGGAAAGGUUCUCUUAUGACUUAAUUUCCCAGCUUAGGUACUCUGUCGCAAAAGAUACAAUUGUAAGCAAAGUGGAGGAGAACUAUGCACUCUUUGAGAAAAGCCAUAUCCUAGAACUGGUCCACAAGCACCGCAUAAUAAGUGAGGACAUGGAGAAGAGUGUCUUGCUAUUGACAGACAAACACAUGAUUAAUUCGCCCAUCGGCAUAGCCAGAAAGUUGACGCUGGAGGUCCCUGGCCACGAAUGGAGCCCCAUGGUCAUUCCUCUUCGUGUGAGACGAUACAACCAGAUAGAGGAGAAGUACGAAUUUGUUGACGACAAGAAGCCGAUCAGCUUGCACUUGACUGCGGGUCACGCAUUGGUGGGCAGGUACUACCCUGGUCUAGAUCCUGAAAAGGGCAUCUAUGUCAUGGAGGACCACAUGCGGCGCGCCAUCUACUCUGUACCUUUCCCAAUAGUGUCCUCCUCCGGGACAGUAGGGGCACUCUCAGCGGCAGCGUGGGGCCACCUGCUGGAGAUGAUCCACUAG